UUCCGGAGGAGACAGCGAGCAUCAUCAGAGACCUGCAGCAGCUGGACCGACCGAGACCGAGACAUCUGGACCAGAACGGACCGAGAGACCAGACAGCAUCCCUCCCCGUGUCUCUCCUCCGGGCCGGUGCGGUGUUCCGUGCCGUGCGUGCUUCAUGCGGGACAGACAGACAGACACACAGACAGGCAGACAGACAGGUGUGUCUCUCCUCCGGGCCGUGCCGGGCCGUGCCGGAGCUCCAUGGGGGACAGCAUGGCGGAGGAGACCCGGGUCAUCUACCACCUGGAGGACCAGGAGACCCCCUACCUGAUCCGGAUCAACGUGCCCGCGCAGCGCGUCACCCUGGCGGACUUCAAACACGUCCUGAACAAACCCAACGUCAAAUUCUUCUUCAAGUCCGUGGACGACGACUUCGGGGUGGUGAAAGAGGAGAUCAGUGAUGACGAUGCCAGACUGCCCUUUGUGAACGGACGAGUCGUCUGCUGGCUGGUGUCUUCAGAAACCUGUCAGUCAGAUUUUCGGGGCUCUGACCUCCAGUCUAUAGCCACGCCCACCUGCCUGGCCCCGCCCCCCAUCGAGAGGACCGGUGUGAUUGGACAAUCCAGACCUUCGUCUUUCCAUGCUGCUGCUGUGGAGGAUGAGCAGCAGGGCUCAGAGAGAAGUGAGAGAGCAGCAGAAGAAGAAGAAGGCGGGCGUCUGAAUGGCCACGCCCACCGACCAGCUGACCAGAAUGGGGCGGAGCCAACUGGUGAAGGUGACAGCUCGUCAACCCAACCGAGCAGCCAAUUAGAGACGAGCAGUUUCUGCUCCUCUGAGGAAGACUCGGGAGGAAGGUUCAGCCAAUCAACAGGGCAGAGCAGCUCGUCGCCACGACUCGUCAGGCGACAACGCCGUCGCCACCGGAAACCCAAAACACCGCAACGGAUGGAGAGGUCUGUGUCUCUCAGCAGUGUCACUGACUCCACCAUGUCUCUCAACGUGAUCACAGUAACUCUGAACACAGAGAGGUAUAACUUCCUGGGUAUCAGUAUCGUAGGUCAGAGUAAUGACCGAGGAGACGGAGGGAUUUAUAUCGGCUCCAUCAUGAAGGGAGGAGCUGUAGCCGCAGACACUCGCAUAGAGCCGGGAGACAUGUUACUACAGGUGAACGACAUCAACUUUGAGAACAUGAGUAACGACGACGCUGUCCGAGUCCUGAGAGAAAUCGUCCACAAACCAGGUCCGGUGACGUUAACGGUGGCAAAGUGUUGGGAUCCAAACCCCAGAGGCUGCUUCACGCUGCCGAGGAGCGAGCCGGUUCGUCCGAUCGACCCGGCUGCCUGGGUGUCCCACACCGCGGCCAUGACAGGCCGGCUCCCCCCCCACUACGACCUGCAGGAAGAAACCCAUCUCACCAUCCACAGCGACAUGACGGCUGUCGUCAAGGGGAUGGCCAAUCACGAGUCGGGCCUCGAGGUUCGGGACCGCAUGUGGCUGAAGAUCACCAUCCCCAACGCCUUCAUUGGUUCUGAUGUGGUGGACUGGCUCCACCGUAACGUGGAGGGUUUCACCGACCGCCGGGAAGCUCGCAAGUACGCAGGAAACCUGCUGAAGGCCGGCUACAUCCGCCACACGGUCAACAAGGUGACCUUCUCUGAACAGUGCUACUAUGUGUUCGGAGACCUCUGUGGAGAUCUGGGUGUGAUGACUCUGCAGGAUCUGGAAGAAGACUCCAGUCCACUGGGUCUGGUCCCAGGCCCCCAGAGGCCCCCCCGCUGUCCCCCCGGACCC